AUGGGUUGCUGUAUGUCACAUUUCGAAAAGGAAACUGUCUAUGAGGUUACUUUAGAUGCACACGGUGUAGCUCAACGUGUUCCUAAAGGACAAGGCACUCAUUUUAUUCAUGUUUCUGCUAAUAAUGAAACACAUUUAGAAGAAAAGGUAAUAGAAAAAAAGCAAUACGAUAACAUAAACUCAUGA